AUCUAACUUUAUUUAGACCUUUUUUGGAAAUACAUACCGGCCGUAAUGACGAUAGUUGCUCAACGAAACCCCAUUCUUUGACUGUUAGCAAAGAUCUUGACGUUGUUUCUCGGUUCGUCAUCUACCCUGAGACCGAUACACCGAGGCGCCAUUGAUGUUGGACCUCCGUGAGCAGCAGUAUGUACCCCAACGCAGCGCCAGCAGGUCGCCCGCCCUACAACCCCAAACGCGUGCAUAGUAAUGGACUACCCCUGGCCUUCCAACACCACCAGCGACUAACUGAGGCUCAGCGAAACAUCACUAACUCAAAGGCAAUCGCAUGGAAUAAUGUGGCUGGUUUCCAUGGUCGGCCUCAUCCUGCAGGUCCUCAUCUGAUUCCACCCUAUGAUUGGAAGCCCAGUCCCAGCACCCAACCUCUUUCUCCUCCUCCACCUGCUCUUCAUGCAUCUGCACUGGUCAACAGAAGGAAGAGGCACAGUGGAGACCACAGCCCAUAUAAUUUGAAGAGGCAGCGCUUCAGUUCCCCUGUCCCCCACCAUGGCAGUCCUCCUGAAGCCUGCUGCUCUCCCGCUGUACCCCACCCUGGCCCCAGGGAAACCCAGUCUACCUGGACCCAGCGCUCCCCUCUCAGUCCCCAGCCCUCUGCCCCACGGAUGCCACCUCUGUGGGGAGAGAGACCUGGUAGCCCACUGCAGGCCUAUGCGAAGCUGAGUGGUCAGAUGGUGGACCUGUUUGAAGCAUGCCAGCAGCAGUCGGCUGACCUGGAGUGGAAAGAGCUGUGCAGAGCUCGACUACAGAGGGAGAUCCAGAGACUCUUCCCAUUGGGGAGGUUGUACUUGGCUGGUUCUUCUCUGAAUGGUUUUGGCAGCAGGAACAGUGAUGCUGACCUCUGUCUGGUCAUCCAAGCAGCACCGGUGGACCAGAGGAAUGAUGCUGUCUAUGUACUCGGUCUCAUCCAGCAGCUCUUUUACAGGCUCUCGUACAUGGAGAGGCCUCAACUGAUCCGAGCCAAGGUCCCCAUCCUCAAAUUCAGAGACAAAGUCAGUGGAGUGGAGUUUGAUCUGAACGUAAACAACACUGUAGGGAUCAGAAACACCUUCCUGCUGAGAAGUUACGCCGACGCUGAGCGGCGUGUGCGUCCCAUCAUUCUGGUGAUUAAGAGGUGGGCCAGACAUCACGGGAUAAACGAUGCCAGCAAAGGAACACUCAGCAGCUACACUCUAGUACUGAUGGUACUACACUACCUUCAGACUCUGCCUGAACCAGUCAUUCCCUCUCUGCAGAAGGAAUAUCCGGAUUCUUUCCGUCCCUCCAUGGACAUCCACCUGGUGCCUGAAGGUCCUAGAGACAUCCCCCCCUACUCCUCGUCCAACCAGGCCUCCCUGGGAGAGCUGCUGCUGGGCUUCCUCAAGUACUACGCCUCUGUCUUUAGGUGGGAUAAACAGGUGAUCUCGGUGCGAGAGGCUAAGGCUCUGCCCAAGUCAAAUAGUCUAGAGUGGAGAGACAAGUUCAUCUGUGUGGAAGAGCCGUUUGAUGGCACCAACACAGCCAGGGCGGUCCAUGAGAAGGUCAAGUUUGAUGCCAUCAAAGCACAGUUCACUGAGUCGUGGCAUGUGCUCCAAUUGAGGAAGGAUCUCAACUUCUUCCUGCCUGUCAGAAACACCAUCCAGAGGAGAUGAGGAGGAACUGGGUAUGAUUCAGCUGUACAGAGAGGAACUCUGCCUGGUCUGGCAGCCAGGUCUGUCCUGGGUCUGUCUGCUGGGUUGAUCGGUCUCCGUCUCCCUCUUUAGCAUGCCAAAGACCUCCCAUUCAGACCCUUCACGUUCUCCUGACUCACCUGCCAAUGUCACGGACACAGAGGACUCAUGAGAAUGCUGCUAAACUGGGUGUGAGAGAGAGAGAGAGAGAGAGUGUGUGUUGUGUGUGACCUGAAGUAUUGCUGCUGCCUCCCAGAGAGAAGCAGACCCUGACAAAACUCUGAUAAUCUCUUUUUUUCACCUCCAUCUCUCUCCUUUCUAUGUCUGGCCUUGCACACACAGAUCUGUAAAUAUCUGUCUGAAGCUUCGCCCUGAACUGUGUUCUAGUUCCUCUGCUCUUUACAUACCAGGGGGGACCUGUCCUCACCAAGAUCUAAGGUCAAACUGUUGUACAAGAGCACAUCCCAGAACCUUCAAGUCAGCUCUGUAACCUUAGCUUCUCAGCAUCCUUAUGUUUCCAGCUCAUCCAUGAUUAUCUAUGACCAAGGUAGAUUUGACAUUGACAAUGUGGUUGGGCGCCAUGUUGUCACCAAAAGUUCCAAUCCUUGGUAGAAUGCAUAUGAGAAUGUUAUCAUCAUGGAACAUUGUCAUUGUUACUCUGACGCUAGUGAGAGGUAGUGUCUCUGCUGAAGUGUUUUUUUGUGAAUAACAACCAAUAAAUUAAUUUUGGAAUCUAGGCUAUGA